AUGUAUGAUGGAGCAAAGAUCUGUGUGAGGACAGUGGGAGGGGUCCCGAACCAUUUUCCAGUCAUGAUGGGGUUGCAUCAAGGGUCGGCACUCGGCCCAUUUUUGUUUUCACUAGCGAUGGACAUACUGACUAGCCACAUCCAGGGGGAGGUUCCAUGGUGUGUUUUAUUUGAAGACGACAUUGUUUUUAUUGACGAGAUGCGAGACGGUGUUAGCGCGAGCCACUUCUCAGGCCGAGGGAGGCGCUCAAAUUCCCGCCGCCCGCACACCAGAGCAGGUGGUACAGGGAUCUCGGACACCGGGGAACCACCGGCCCAGUAUGUUGCCGCAGCUCAGGAUUAUGUGGUGGCUUACGAGAGGCGUAGGCCAGUCGGCACAGCACGCCGCGCAGGGAGUUCGAGCAGCUUCGUCAAGUCAGCUAGGGGUCGCCUGAGAGGGGGCGGCCAAUCAGGGGGCGGCCAGGCCCAUUUCUAUACUCUUCUUACCAGACCAGAUGCUAUUGCUUCGAAUGCUGUGAUUGCAG